CGCUCUCCGCCCCCUCCCCUUGGCUCCCAGCUGCCGCGGUUCUCCCUCCCUCCUCGCUCCCUUGCCGCUUUGCUCCCUCGCUCCCAGCCCACAGCAGGCAGCUCCUGGCUGGCCGGCCCUCUCUCCGUGCUCCCGUCCUCCUGCCCCUAGCCCGGGAAGGGGACCUCGCAGCCGGCGCCCCCUGCAUCUGCCUCCAGUCCAGCCAUCCUCUCCCUCCCUCUCUCCUUGUCCCGGCCAGACGCCAGGGACUGGGGGGCCAAGGUCCCGGGGCCCCAGGCCCCCGAACUCCACCAUGAGGGGGGGCUUCUGGCUCCUGCUGGCGGUCCUCAGGGAGGCGGCCGGUGGGCUGAGCCCGGAUCCGGGCGCAGGUCAGGGACCAGGCAGAGGUCCAGAAUGGGAUGCAUGGAAUGCAGAGAGGAUGCUGGGCUGGAGGAGGAGGGUUCGAGAGAGCACCGGCCGGGCACCUGAGCCAAAUAGGAAACGACUGAGCCAAGAUCAGGGUGGGGGCACCCUGGCUAUCGAUACAUUCCCUGAUAAUGAAACAAAGAUUGUGGAAGACAACCACAGCUACUACAUUUCUCGAAUGUAUGGCCCCAGUGAGCCUCGGACUCGAGAGUUGUGGGUAGAUGUGAUGGAAGCCAACAGAAGUCAAGUCACAGUCCAUGGUAUUCUUUCCAAUACCCACCGGCAAGCUUCGAGAGUGGUCCUGUCCUUUGAUUUCCCAUUCUAUGGCCAUCAUCUGCGACAGAUCACCAUAGCAACCGGAGGCUUCAUCUUCAUGGGGGAUGUCAUCCAUCGGAUGCUCACAGCCACCCAAUAUGUGGCACCUCUGAUGGCCAACUUCAACCCUGGAUACUCUCCAAACUCCACAGUCACAUACUUUGACAAUGGGACAGUUUUUGUGGUCCAGUGGGAUCACGUCUACCUCCAGGGCCAUGAAAAUACAGGGAGCUUCACCUUCCAGGCAGCUCUGCACAUCGACGGCAGGAUUGUCUUUGGCUACAAGGAGAUCCCAAUGUCUGUCCUGGACAUCAAUUCCACCCAGCACCCUGUGAAAGCCGGCCUCUCUGAUGCCUUCAUGAUUCUCAGUCCAGCCUCUGACAUGUCAGAAUCUCGUCGCAGGACAAUUUAUGAAUAUCACCGAGUUGAACUGGAUACCAGCAAGGUCACCAGCACAUCAGCUGUAGAGUUUACCCCACUGCCAACCUGUUUGCAACACCAGAGCUGUGAAGUCUGCGUCUCCUCAGACUUGACCUUCAACUGCAGCUGGUGUCACGUCCUCCAGAGGUGUUCCAGUGGCUUUGACCGCUAUCGGGAGGAGUGGUUGGCCUACGGCUGCGCCCAAGAGGCAGAGGGCAGGACAUGUGAGGAUUUGCAGGAAGAAGAACAUUAUGCUUCAUCCCCUGAGACCUUCUUCACCCCUGUUGAUGGAGAAUUCACCACUUCUGCCUCUUCCCUCUUCAUUGACCACCUCACCACAGAAGAUGAUACAAAGUUGAAUCCAUAUGAGGGAAAAGAUGAUCUACAAGAUAAUCUUUCUCCUAAAAAGAAGGGUCCUCCAGUUCAUGCAAGGACCAUUGUGGGUAUUGUACUGGCUGUCCUACUAGUUGCAGUCAUCAUCCUGGCUGGGAUCUACAUCAACACUCAUCCCACUUCAAAUGCUGCCUUAUUCUUCAUUGAGCGGAGACCUCAUCAUUGGCCAGCCAUGAAAUUUCGCAACCGAACCAGCCAUGGGACCUACACAGAAGUUGAGCCCUCAGGGCAAGAAAAAGAGGGAUUCAUGGAGGCCGAGCAGUGUUGAAAGCAGUGUUUCCUCCACUUCUUUUCUCCUCUUCCUACCAAAAACAAAGUUCCCAGACUCCAAACCAUUGGUCUUGAUUGCGGAGUCUUUUCCAUUUGUUAAGCUCCAUUCUCUUGAGGAUGGGAAGAAAGACCAAUGAAACCUCAAAGUCAAGGUCAAUAUUGCUCCUCUUUAUUGAACUCCUCAAUAUAUCCUGGGACAUGAAGGCAGGGCCAGGAAGGAUUUGGCAGAUCCACUGCAUGAUAGUCGAGCCAUAGAGGCUGAAAAGGAAAGGAUGCACUCCAGUCAAUCUUGUGGGAGAAUAAUAAUGGCCUGCCCUCGUUUUCCCUUGGUAUCAGUGAUGUAUAGCAGUUCCCCCAUCUGAGCCUUGAAGUAUGUCAGUCUGCAUCCAUUCCUCCAGCUUUUUCCUGCAUAGGAAUGGAAAAGGGUUGGGGACUCUGCAGAACCUCUUGCAUUUGCCACAAUAUUACUAGGACUAACAGGUGCGGGGUUUCUACAGUCCAUAGACUUGAGAGCCGGUCCUCACAGCUAUGGAUCCAGCACCUAAUGAGUUUCUUUGGAUCAGCCUGCCAGAAACCAGCACGCUCUCCUUCUGCUAAAUCCAAUCAUUGCUGCACUUCGAUGCUCUUACCAGAACCCUGGAAAUAGAGUACAAUGUCAAACGAGAGCAAAAUGAUGAGGGAGGGCAAGACUUCUCUUAGAAUUCCCAUCUUGCCUGCCUGAUUACCCCUUUCCAGAAAAUUAGUUUGGAAAAGUUGGAAAGAGAAACAUCUCAGGCCAUGACCUGUUUGUUUUUACAACGCAACCCUUCCCACCUGCCCACUCUCUCCCCUGAAAAAUCUACUUUUUGAGAGUGUGAUGUGGCAGAUGGAGAACAAUUAAGUUUAAUGCCAUCUCAAUUGCUUCCUAGUUUUGUGAACCUGAGGGAAAUCAUUUCAACUUUUUGGGCCUCAAAUGAGGCCCAAAUUAUAAAAUGAGGACUGGAUUUAAUGACCUCUGUGGUCCCUCUGUGGCUACGAUCCUCUGAUCUUAUCCAACUCAGUAAGCAUUUUAUUAACUUCUCAUUGGGGCAGGAGAAUGGAGAUAUAAAAGCCAAGUAAAAAACAGGUAAGCUCUGAGGGAACUUACCUUUUACUUGAGCAGGAUAAAACAAAUAAGUAUAUACAGUUAUCUCUUCUACAUCACCCAUCAAGAUUUCCAUAUAUCUUUGCUCAGCAUUAGAAAUUAAAUGGGAAUUUGGGGGGAGUUGUGUGGAAGCUGCAGACACCGGGAAGGCCAGCAGAUGACACCAAAAAAGUUCAGGAACGCAGAAACGCAUAAAAUAUAUGUAUAGUAUUAUAUAAUAUCAACAUAUUUUACCCUUUAAUACCAUCAUAAGUCAUAUUUCUUUUCUGGCAUAGAAGACCAAAAAAUUUUAUGCAGAUUUUCCAGACUAACCCUAUGAUGUGGAAGGGAUAACUGUACAUGACAAUUUGAGAAGGAAGAAGGCAGUAAUGAAGAGGAUGAUUAAGAGAGGUUUUCUGCAGAAGAUGGAGCAUGAGCUUAAGUUUGAAGUUUAGGGAUGCUAAGAGAUAGAACCCAAGGGCAUAUUUUCCUGUUAGGGGCUAUUUAUGCUGAUGCAAAUUUUAUCCACUGACUUGCUUGGUUGCUGUUGCCAGGGAUUCUGUCCAAAAGCAGGGUCUAACUGAUGUUUUCUUUCUCCUUGGUUGGAUUCAUGGAGCCAUUAAAGAUAAAUAUGGUGGCUAGAUGUCCAGCCCCACCCCUACCUUCCUCCUUUUGCUUGCUUAUUGAAAUAAACUCACCAGGGAAUCUCUGCUGAAUUCUUUUCAGAUACUAAGAUACUGACGUGGCUAGGGCCAAGGAGGCAGAAUAAGCUAUGUUGAGAUAAUAGGGCACCAUAGCUUGGUCUUUAUCUCAGCAGGGGCAAUUAGAGGCUCAAUUGCUGACUCACUUAGGAAGACUUUUCCCUCCUUUUCUAUGAAUGUCUUACUAAUGCUUUUUACUUCCAGUAAUUGCCUAUUUUUCCAAACCUGACCCUAAUAUCCCCUUUGUAAGGAAACCCUUUAAGCAAAACAAACCAACACAUUGGUCAUGACUGGCAACUUACGUAUACCUCAUUCUACAUCUACAUUCCUCCACCUCUUUGCUAAGAGAAAAGGAUAAUGUCUCACCAUGAAUCCUCUGCAGUCAUGAUUUGUCAUUCUUUCAAUUAGAUAUAAUAUUGUUUUCUUUUUACCUUAUUGCAGUCGUUAUAUUCUUGUUUCUGCUUAGUUUAAUGUGCAUCAGUUCAUAUGAGUCUUUCCAAGUUUUUUUUAAGGAACUUUUCUAAAAUUAACUUGAUCUAAAAAACUGAUAUAACUUUCCUGAGAUCAGUGCAUUUUGACAGAAGAUGUUGGGACAGUAAUUCAGGCCCCAAUUCAAUCUGAAAGAUAGUCUUAAUUGAGGUGGUAAUUCUCUCCUUGGAGUGUUCAAAAUUAUACUCACUAUUCACCCAUAUUCAAAGACAAGAAAAAGUUGUCCAAUUAAUAUCAGUCUUCAACGUCCUUAUGCUUUGUUUUCUCAUGGUAUCAUAAAGGAAACAGUAAGAGCACCCUCAUUCAGCUAUGAAUAUGUGAUCUUAACAAUAUGGCUACUUCCUCUAACGAUAAAGAUCCACUCCCAUUCAUAUUUACUUAUUGUUUGGACUCUUCCUAGAACUUUCCUAUAAGUUUAUCAUUGGUAAUAUACCCAAUGCAUCCAGUCUUCCUUAUUUUCUGUUGAAGUUGUGAGAACAUCAUGGGGUUCUGUAGUCUAUCCUCAGGAUAUGUCUCCCCCCUAACACAUAACUGGUUAUCUUUUUCAAUUAUAUAUUUUUUCAGGGACAUUAUUUUUACAAUUUCUUCUUAUACCUGAUUUGUGAUGUACUACAACUAACAUCCACCAUGACCCUCUCUGUUGCCUCUUGGGUAAUCUUCAAAUCUAGUUUUGAGACUGUGGUGUUCCUUGAUCAGCAGCCAUAGAAUAUUAUUGGAAGAAAUAGGUUUUUAAAUAAGAUAGAUAACUUUUUUCAGGGUCAGCCUUAGAGACAUUAAAAGAAUUUUUCAAUUUAACAAAAAAAAGAGAAUUUUGCAAUUUUCAGAAGGCAACCUUGCCCAGUCUCCCACUUUUCAUUUCUGAUCCUAGUUCAUUAUCCAUUUGCAGAAUCUUCUAAGAUGUAUGGGAGAUGGGGACAAACCCAAACAACCAUCCAAAACAAAAACCUUAUUGAUAUUUUUUUCUAGCCACUACAUGAUUUAUUCUCAGUAAGGAAGCAAUUAACAAUUAAAAGAGGAAAUGUGGCAGACUUUUGGUACUAGUGCUUAAUAAACAGACCAGUAGAAAGGGCAGAACUAGCUUACAAAAAAAAAAAAAUCAAGGAAAAAAGGCAACAAAGAAAGUUGGAUGAUUUUCAAGCUUCUAAAGAAGAUAAAAAAAAAAAAAAGUAAUGUCAUUAUUCAUGAAAGGAACCACUGAAGCAUUUCAAGUGAUCUAGUAGGAGGGCAGGAUUCCCCAAACUAUUAAGUGAUUUUCCCCCCUAAUGUCAUACUAGCAAGGCAUCUGUGGCUGCCCUGGAAGGUAUGGAGACAGAAAAGUGACUUGUGAUUUCUGCUGGAAUCCUUGUAUGAUCCUUUUGGUCCAUACAUCCUCCAGUAAACCUUUCCCCAAUGUGAGUCCUCCCACUCUGGAUUCUGUAAAGGUAAGAGCCUCAAGCUUUGGAUUAAUGAGUUGGGAGAGGCACUCGGCCAAAUAUACGGCUCCACAGUGGAAUCAGGUGUUUGACACCAUCCACUACAGGUUAUGCAAAGCAUCUGCCAUGCAUAUGGUCAGAGAAAGCUGAGGUGUCAGGCAGCACGCCAGUCCCAUCCAUCUGCAUUCAUUAAAGAGAGGACAGAGGACAUAUUCAUUCAUGAAACCUAUCGCUGGGUGCCCAGCACAAAGGACUGGGUGACCUGCCCCUUCUCCAAACUCUAUCUUUAACAGGACCAUUUUCCAAACCACCUCUUCUCAGAGUUUGGCUUGGAGUGAGCCAGAUGAACCAGGUACAGGGAGUGAUUCAAGGGGAGAAUCCCUGGCAAUGUAGAAAUUUGGGUUUUUAAUCCUUAAUCUCAGAAUUCUGAUCCUUGACGAUCAGAAAUGGCCAAAAAUGCAAGUCACUCUGAGGAAAGCAACCUGCAGCAGCUAGCUACUUGCACUACAAAGGGAAGGGCUCUCUCUGGCUCCAGUGAGAGGAUUUCUUUCAAAUUCUGCCUUUGAUAUGAUCCGUGCAACCUUAAAUCACUACUCUUUCCUAGCCCUUGGUCUCCUUAUCUGUAAAAUGGGGGGAGGAGGAAACUCUAAAGUCUCUUCUAAUAGCAUAAUUUUAUGAACUAACAACACCUUAUUGAAGACAUUGUAAUUCUGCUUUUUUGGAUGGUAACCAAAAGGUUCCCAGCUUUUUUCUUUGUGGCUUUGUUCUAUGUUUAAGCUUUCUCAGCGUGAUUUUCAUAAGACACAAUCCCCCAA